AUGACCAAACUCACUCCUUACCCUCGUACCUUUCGCCGAGUGCUGGUCCGCAACCGCCUCAUCCGAUCUCUAUUCAUCAUCUUCGCUCUCUGGAAUCUAAUCGAGCUGCAUCUCAUUCUCCGCAGCAUCUCCGAGACCGACCAUGACCACAGCUAUCGCGAGCAACCCCGCCAAAAAGAACGAAUCUACAUCGCCAGCGUCAACUGGAACAAUGAACAUAUCAUGCGCAGCCAUUGGAGCCAGGCAUUGGUCGACCUUGCCUGGAAGCUCGGUCCUGACAACAUCUACAUCAGCAUUUAUGAGAGCGGCAGCUAUGAUAAUACCAAGGGUGCAUUGAUAGAACUGGAUCGGGAAUUGGCUCGCAUGCAGAUCCCCCGCAGCAUCACUUUAUCGCCCGUCACACAUCAAGAUGAGAUCGCCGCCCCACCGGGGGAUCAUGGUUGGAUUGUUACACCCUCGGGAAAGAAAGAACUGCGACGAAUCCCCUAUCUAUCACGCAUUCGGAAUCUGAGCUUGGAGCCGCUCCAAGAACUUGCAGCGCAGGGAAUCACUUUCGACAAGGUGCUCUUCCUCAACGAUGUUGUUUUCACCGUGAGCACCACCUCUAUCCUGUCAAGCAUUGAGCUGUCCAGUCUAACUUGUAUCCAGCCAAACGACGUGUUCGAGUUACUCAGCACAAACGAUGGAAACUAUGCCGCAGCUUGCUCACUUGAUUUCUCCAAGCCACCUAAUUACUACGAUACAUUUGCUCUCCGCGACGCCAGCGGUCAUGAAGCUGUCAUGUCGACCUGGCCAUUCUUCCAAGAUCCGGUGUCUCGCUACGCAAUGAAACAUAUGUCCCCGGUUCCAGUGACGAGCUGCUGGAAUGGCAUCGUUGCAAUGCCCGCCGCGCCCUUUACCGCAUCCACACCCCUCCAAUUCCGUGGAAUUGCCGACUCCCUCGCAGAAUCCCACCUCGAAGGUUCUGAAUGCUGCCUGAUCCAUGCGGAUAACCCUCUCUCGAAACAGAAAGGCGUUUAUCUCAACCCGCUCGUGCGGGUGGGCUAUUCCGGACCGGCGUAUGUAGCCGUGAACCCGGUCGUGAAUUGGCUCACCCCGCGAAGGAUCCUGCAGGGCUUGUGGGAGAACCGACUCCGUCGAUGGAUGAGUCUGGCCUGGAUAAAGGAGAGAAUCGUCCGGUCGCGGAUUUCUCGUUGGGUCGCUCUAUCCGGGAAGAAUAGGGAGCCUGGGCCCUAUUGCGUUAUAAAUGAGAUGCAGAUUUUGCAUCCCUAUGGGUGGUAUCAUGUAUGA